GUGUACGAAACAUUACGUGCGUUAUUUUGUUAUCAAAUUUCAGAUUUGAGUGAUAUAAAAUAUGAGGACUCGACUUUACGGUACCAUUUGUCGAUGUGAUUAUUGCGGUCGUGAAAUACCGAGUCGAAUACGCUUGAAGUGAAAAACGCGUCGGAAAGAGACGCCAUCAUUGAGAAUGAUGCCACUAAUGAACGCGAGGCCGCGUCUCAUGAUCGAUGAAACGGGGUGGCGGUUCUGUGCGCAUGCACGCGACACCAUUACAAAACCGUGCGGCCGAAAGCGCGUCAGUCUUACGCUACAGUCGCCAGAGUUUGUGUGACGGUUGAUUCUCUCUUCCAGACGGUUGAGCAAUUCAUUGUUUUCACUUUUUUAGUAUUCAGUUUCACGGUUCGACGGUGAAAUGGAUGCAACCAUUGCGGGUAACAAUGUACCGAACGGAGCGUCUGCAAUGGCCUGGCGGGAACAACCUCCGGUCGCUGAGAGUGACAAUGAAACGGAUAAUGCGCCUGAAGGAUCAACGGGAAAACAGUCCGAUAAAAAAAAGAAAACGGGAUACCAAAGAGUACAUUAUCAAACGCAUUUUGAGAAGCUCACGAAAUAUUUCAACAUGACCAGAUCCAUCAUGAGAAUCCGGCCGAUUAUCCGCGAUGGCGGGAAGGUUACGGUACGCGUCCAAAUGGAUACGAAGAGGUUUAAACUCAAUAACAACGACAUGAUGAUGAAUUGCAUUACGAUGGGCAAGGAUCAAAUACCUUACGCCUAUUUGCCACCAAGGAAUGCCGGCCGGAGAAGAAUCGAAGGAGACCGUUUGCUGUCCUUGGUGGUCGAAACGGAGAACAGGGCACUGAGCUGGUAUAGAAAACUCUUCGAGUUCGUCGGGCCAAUGCCGCCGGAUCCGAUCGAGUUUAACGUCAGAACUGCGAACACCAUGACAAUGUUCCAGAUCAUAUACGAUCAAGUCGCAUGGCACCUGUUCGUUCGCGGCUAUUUGGACGGCGCCGAAGACGUGAACGAGAAAAAUAUGCCGAAGCGCAACCGUCCACCGCCGGAAAAAGAGCAACCGUUGCCUCGGUCGAUUGCGGGGCCGCAUCUUCCGAUACACUACGAGAUGGAGGAAUUAAUGGACGCGUUCAUGUGCUCUGAUUGGGACGAAAUAGAGUAUGUGCCGCCGAGCGAUUGAAGUCGAUUGAACGCUGUCACCGCGUCUUUUGAUUUGCUUAACCACCGACCUUGUUCACCGACAACAAUAUUAAUUAAAAUAAUAAACAUUAUGACUGAAUUA